AUGGAUCAACAACGCCCACCCGCCAAAAUUGAUGAACAAGACGGUGUUUGCAUUGACUAUAUCAGCAACCUUCCCAUUGAACUUCGUGCAAUCGUUGUGGCACAAGCGCUGACCACUACUGAAAUCAAACCAAGUGAACUUCGGGAGUAUCUUUUGGUGUCCCAUUUAUGGCAUGAAACGAUCCUUCAGCAUGUUCAUGGUUUGCAAGUCGUGAGCGUAUCCGACAAUGACCUUAGCCAGAGCGACUAUGUGCUGAAACGAAUGGCACCCAAUAUUGCUUCCUUGCACGUUCGAUAUGAUGCCAUCCCUGCAUACCUUUUACUCCAACAGGCACGUUUCUCAUCAUUGACAUCACUCAGCUUGCAAUAUGAGUCACAGCUUGAAGAUCGAGCUACAGUAUUGAGGUCAUUGGCUACCGUGCAAUCAACCUUGACACACUUGAAGGUCAUGAUGGGAGAAUGGGAUUGGGAUGAGCUACCUGCGUAUUCAAUUGGAGACCUCCUCGAGACAUUUCCACACCUUAUUUCGUUCAGCUGUUGCAAUAUCGACAGCCACUUCGAUGCGGCACCCACAACCUGCCCAAGCUUGAAAGAAUUGAAGCUUGCGCACUUUCAGUACGAGUUUGACCAGGAUGAUAUUGAUGACUUGACAAGCCGACUCCCAUCAUUGGAAAUAUUGGGGCUUCAGCCUUGUGCUGAUAUAGCCGCUUUAUCAUUGAUCCAAGACAAUUGCCCGAAGCUCAAGGUCAUCUUUUACAAUCAUUGUGGCCACCGACCGAUCUACAUGCAACGGAUUACCUACAAAGGAAUCAACAACCGAGAACCCAUCAGUGGAGAUGAUAAUGACGAUGGCCUCCAAUUGCUCGAGAUUGACCAGGGCCCUGAAGAACACUUACUUGAGGCGCAUAUCAGUGAGGUGAUUACAUCGAUUACUCGCAACUCUGACAGCCUACAAUUGCUCCGUCUUCGUUAUCAUUCGGAAGCUGAUAUUACCGAUCAUCAUUCACUGUAUGCGGAUGUCACAUUCAACCACAUGACCAGCUAUACCCAUGACAUUUUCAAUGAUGAGGACAUGAUUCUUGCCAUGGACUUGAUACGACGAUCUCCUCAGCUCAUGAUCAUUGAAUUGCAUAAAGGGUACCCAGAGUAUGCCGACGACAACGACAGCACACGUUCCAUUCCUUCAUCCCACCGAUGUGAUGAUCUCAGCCAGUUGUUUACCAUCAUGUCAGGACUACCACAUUUGGAGGUGGCCGAUGUUCAGGUCAAAGGCGACAAUGCAACUACAGGUGUUGAGCAAUUUCUUUUGUACCAUGGCUCCAUUGAUUCCAAGUUGCGUCAAUUGUAUGUCCCAAAAUCGGUUCACUUUUCGAUCAAAACAUUGGAUUGCGUGACCAGGGUGUCGCGCUUGGAACACUUGACCAUGAAACCCAUCUUUCAAGAGUGUGCCGAUUGCUGGUUUGGAGAAGUUCGCAAAUUCCUUGAGAAGCUUGCAGAGCGUUGUCGACUUUUAUACAGCCUCAAGCUUUAUGAUAUACAUCCACACCACCUGCAAUGUUUGACACGCUUUCCGAACCUCAAAUCGUUAUCAUUGAAAAUGAGCCUCACUGACGUAUCCGAUUUGUUACGCCUUAUGCAAUCUCCCAAGCUCGAACAUUUGGAUGUCGACUCACGUUCAACACUUGGAACGAUUCAUGAAGAAGGAGAGGUGGCAAACACGUUGAAAAAUCGAUUUGAUGACAUACGCAUAUGCUAG